AUGUUAAAAAUUCUUAUUCCCACCCUAAUACUAAUCCCAACCACCUGAUUAUCCCCCCAUAAAUGAUUAUGACCCCUUUCAUUAAUUUAUAGCCUAACCAUUGCUCUUUUUAGCCUAUUGUGAACAAAAUGAUCCUCAGAAACAGGCUGGACUACCUUAAGCUUAAUUAUAGGUACUGACCCAUUAUCUACGCCCCUUUUAAUUUUAUCAUGCUGAUUGUUACCCUUAAUAAUUAUUGCAAGCCAAAACCACACAUCCCUUGACCCCCCUAACCGACAACGAACCUAUAUUACCCUUCUCAUCUUACUUCAGGCUUUCCUGAUCUUAGCCUUCGGUGCAACCGAACUAAUCAUGUUCUAUAUUAUAUUUGAAGCCACAUUAAUCCCAACCCUUCUUAUUAUUACCCGAUGAGGUAAUCAAACAGAACGUCUGAACGCAGGUACUUACUUUUUAUUUUAUACACUAGCAGGCUCACUACCAUUACUGGUGGCCCUUCUACUCCUACAAAACUCCACAGGAACCCUAUCACUACUUACUUUGCAAUAUUCCGACCCUAUAAAACUUAUCUCCCACACUGACAAAUUCUGAUGGGUAGCAUGCCUUCUAGCCUUCCUCGUAAAAACACCCCUUUAUGGCAUUCACCUUUGACUUCCCAAAGCUCAUGUAGAAGCACCUAUUGCAGGUUCUAUAGUCCUAGCCGCAGUUUUACUUAAACUAGGGGGUUACGGCAUAAUACGUCUUAUAGUUAGCCUAGAGCCAUUAACCAAAGAACUCAGCUAUCCCUUCCUCAUUCUAGCCCUUUGAGGCAUUAUCAUAACAGGCUCCAUUUGCUUACGUCAAACAGACCUAAAAUCCCUAAUCGCAUACUCCUCAGUCAGCCAUAUAGGUCUUGUCACUGCCGGUAUUCUUAUUCAAACACCCUGAGGAUUUACUGGAGCCCUUACCCUAAUAAUUGCCCACGGUCUAACAUCCUCAGCACUCUUCUGUUUAGCCAAUACUAAUUAUGAACGAACUCAUAGUCGAACCAUAAUUCUUGCUCGAGGGUUGCAAAUAAUUCUCCCACUAAUAGCAACCUGAUGAUUUAUCUCCAGCUUAGCUAAUCUCGCCCUACCCCCUUUACCCAACCUUAUAGGAGAGUUAAUGAUUAUCACCUCUGUAUUUAAUUGGUCCCCUUUAACUCUCUUACUAACAGGCCUAGGAACACUAAUUACAGCUGGUUACUCACUCUACCUCUUCUUAAUUACUCAACGAGGUCCAUUAACUAACCACCUGACCUCAAUUGACCCUUCACACUCCCGCGAACAUUUGUUAUUAACCCUUCAUCUGCUACCCCUCCUUAUAAUUAUUCUUAAACCCGAAAUAAUUUGGGGUUGAGCCUGUU